ACACCAACUUUAUUUUGCCUGACAUAUGCUAUCCUAUGUCAAACCCAACAUGGCAAUGCUUUGGACUUGCAUAUUUUUGGACUGAAGUUUCCUAAUGUGAGAGCACCAUAAUUUACGCAUGCUCGAGGAGAAAAUAUAUCCUGCAGAUAAUAGCCUUUUUGACGGUACUUGUUAAUACCUUGAAGGGUUGUGGUUGGCACUGGCUGUAUUGGCAAUUCUUUGGAUUUUUGUGUACAAUCGUCGAGGAUAUGUUUGAGACUACGAUUGAUUUGUUUCACCUUUACUAGGAAGUGUGUCAUGUCCAGGAAGGGGAGGGACUCCAAAGAAUACAAGCCGCUACAGUGACAGCUGCUACAAGGUUGCGCCGUGCUAUAGCCUAGUUAUCAUCAAGGCAAACAUUCCAAAAGCACGCUAUUGCGUGUCGAUCUUAUGCGACAAAACUGCGCUGGUAAAUAUUGUUUUAAUUGCAAUGCAUCAUUGCAUUGGCGUGGCCUACCCUGCUACGUGAAGAAAGCCUAGCAUAGGCUAACGAUAAGCAUAUUGAUAUCAAUGCACAGCCAGUGCCCGUGAACUUUGUCACAUAAUCCCUCCCUGGUGCAAUGUCCACCUCUUUCUUGUUGAGAAACGGUAAGAGGGUGUUUUCGGUCAUCCGCGGGGGGUGCAGAGGAACCGAUGCACUUUCUAGAGUUCAUUUCGUAUCGCGCCGCUUCAUUGUAGAUUUGUCAUACUCCACGCACUUCAUGGAUUUUAAAGGUUCCUCGAUACCGAGCUCCAUGAAAAAGCUGGUCGUAACGAAGCUUAGCCAGAAUUUCAGAGACGCGGUUGCCUUGCAAACUGUUCCAGUCCCGACACCUGACGACGGGGACUUGCUUGUCAGAAAUCGAUUUGUUGGAAUCAAUGCCUCGGACAUCAACUACUCAGCAGGCCGCUACGACCCUUCGGUGAAGCCACCGUUUGACGCCGGGUUCGAGGGCAUUGGCGAGGUGGUCGGACUCGGCCUGAGUGCCAGCGCCCGCUACACCAUUGGCGACACCGUGGCCUACUUUGCCGAUGGGGCCUUUGCGGAGUACACGGUGAUACCCAUGAUCAAGACCGUAUCCAUACCCGCGGUGAAGCCAGAGUUCCUCACUCUGCUGUUAAGUGGUGCCACGGCCUAUAUCGCCAUGAAGCGGCUUGGCGACCUGGUGAAGGGUGAGACGGUGCUGGUGACGGCCGCUGCCGGUGGCACAGGACAGUUUGCUGUGCAGUUCGCCAAACAGGCCGGCUGCCACGUUGUGGGCACCUGCUCCUCCAAUGAGAAGGCUGGCUUCUUAAAGACCAUUGGCUGCGACAGGCCCAUCAACUACACGUCCGAGGACCUGAGCACCACCCUGCGCAAAGAGUACCCACAAGGCCUGGACGUAGUCUACGAGUCCAUAGGCGGCAGAAUGUUUGACAUGGCGGUCAGCAAUCUGGCCAAUAAGGGCAGACUGAUCGUGAUCGGGUUCAUCUCAGGGUACCAAACGGCAUCAGGGGUCCCAACUGUUAAAGGAGGAACUCUGCCCAUGAAGCUGCUCCAGAAGUCAGCUAGCGUGAGGGGGUUCUUCCUACCUCACUUCCUGUCUGACUACAAGGAGGCGAUGGGAAGCAUGAUGCAGAUGUUUGCUAAAGGGAAGCUGGUGUGUGAAGUGGACUGUGGGGACAUGGCCCCAGAGGGCCGUUUCAUGGGACUGGAGUCCGUCUUUAGGGCUGUGGACUACAUGUAUGCUGGGAAAAACGUGGGAAAGGUGGUGGUUGAGGUGACUCCACCCUCGCUGGACAGCAAACUGUGAUUUGCCUUAAUGUGAAUGCACUGGAAUUCUCGAACAAAUCAAAUGUAUGUAUGUACAAUGAAAGGAACAAUGAAAAUACAGAAUCUAAUGUAUGUAUGUACAUUGAAAUGAACAAUGUAAGUAUAUAUGUUGAAGGCAAAUUACCCGAACUGUGACAAUCUACAGUACUCUGAGUUUAAUAUAUUUUUGAACAGUUUAUUUCACCUGAAUAUAUUUAGAUAUUACUCAAAUGUUGUUCUGUGAGAGAACAGUUCCUUGUUUAAUGUUUUAAUGAUUAGCUUUACUUUAUUCAAUAGAAAGUCCCAAUAAAUGGGGAUAAUACUUGUAGAGGGAAGAUUGCUGGUGUAACAACAUAGGUUAUCUCAAUAAAAUAAUGCUGUACACCU